GCCCCUGGAACCCCAUCAGCGGCCAUGAUCAUGGAAGGGCUUGAAACCCUGGUGGCGCCAUCGCAUCACGCAUUCCUACUUACCGAAUCCGCCGCCGCCGCACACUUCAAUGUGCUGAGCUUCGAUACGUGUCUCUUCAAGACUACCGCGCAGACUAGUCCGUCGACAGCGGCCACUUCGGCGGCCACUUAUCUCAGCAGCCCAUCGCACACUUUUGGUGGUGGCCAUUUGGGCACCGCCCAAACAUUACUCCACUACAAUCUGUCCACGGCGAAUAGCAAUCACCAGAGCGCCAUACCGUGUAGUACCACCAGCGGCACCAGCCCAGCCAACAAUAAUAUCACAACACCUGCUGCAGCAGUAACCAAUUCAGCGCUUAGCGCUGCCAUUUCACGCACAAAUUUCGCACGCAUCAGUGGUUCCACCAACAAUAGCAGCAACAGUAGCAACGCCUGUAUAAACGCAUCCAGUGCGCAACAAUCUAGCGCAGCAAUCGCCAGCGGCAGUGUUGCCCUAACUACACCAACCGUCGCUGCAGUAAGUUCAGGUGGCAACAGUGCAGCUGCCAACAACAACCACAAUAGUAGUGGACGCAAUUCCGCCACACACUUAAGUCUACUGAAUACUGCACAGCAGCGUCCAGGAAGCCACGCGUCAGCUAGUCUUGGCGACGUGGGCGCCACCAGCGGCUUGGAUAUCGCGAACAGCGUCAAACAUUCGGAAUCGUUGCCGUCGGACGCGCAGUGCGGUGACACGCAGACGGGCGAUUUGAACACGCCCGUCACCACCUCCAACGAUAUUCCAUCAUUCUUCGGACCAUCAACCAUUGUUGAGCCGCCACCAAUUACAGGAUCCAUCGAGUCCGAGGACUUGUCCCUCGAACCCCAGCCGACGACCAGUCCUGUGCUGUGCAGUCCACUGAAGGAAGAGCGCAGCACGCCGCCAACGUUGACAAUUGUCAAGGAAGAAACAAGUAAUAAUAGUUGUACCAUGUACCCUACACAUCUAAGUCAGAAUCAGACAACAGCAACAACAACAGCAACAAGCACAACAUUAUGUAAUAAUACUACAAAUACAAGUACACAAAGCAAUACACAACAACAACACCAUCAAUCACAACAUCAUCACCACCAACAACAACAACAACAUACGCAGCAUCAUCAACAACACCAUAGCGGACAUAAUUCACCACACCAAUACCCGCAUCAGCAGCAACAACAGCAUUUGCAACAAAACCAAAUAUCUCACCACAAUGCCUUACAUCAACAACAACAACAUCUACAACACAACAGUCAUCAUACACACCACCACCAACAGCAUCCACACUACCAGCAUUCGCCUCAUAGCCUUCAUCAACAACACGCCCACCACCAUCACCAACAACAACAACAACAACAACAACAACAACAACAGCAUGCGCAACACCACCAACUACAACAGCAGCAACAACAACAACAACAGACGCAUGCAAAUAGCAAUAGCGGCAAAAUAUCAUAUCGUGGCAUUUUCACCACUACAGGUAAUACAGCGAUGAGCGGCCUAAAUUCUGCGGCCGCUGCCGCCGCUGCAGCUACUCACCAUCAGCAGCAGCAGCAACAACAACAGCAGCAACAGCUCGGCUCGCCCCAGAUGAGCGUGCUACCUGGCCAAAUGUCACCGCCGUCGGCUGGUCUUGGCAACAGUUGGGGUUUACCAAGUCCCGAUAAGACUCUCUUCCAGCCACCCAUAUUUAGCUUACUCGGUCCUGGCCCGCAAAGCACCGCUCAGGCUCAUUAUGCCGCCCAACAAACCGUGACGCAGCCAUCGUCGACGCCCUCACCUUCACAUCAUAUGCAUGCCGGUUACGACGAUGGUCGCUCAGCAGCGCAACAUGUCGAGCUGAUCGGCCUCAACAUGGACUGCUCGCCGAUUAUACUGAAACAGCCGCCUCCAAGCUACAGUAGCACCAGCAGCUUUACCAGCCUCGCAGAUAUGCAACAGGCGCAAGCCAAUCACGAACUGCAUCAGUAUCGCCAGCAAAUGUCCGUCGGCCCAACCAAAUACCAAUGGCUGGACUCGCCCGCCGAGUAUGGGGGCGCGCAACAAUCACUGGUUGUACCAGGUCCUUCAUCCUCCACAUCGGCGUCGGCAGCGGCCGUCGUUGGUGGUAUCAUCCCAAAACAAGAAGCCUACUCGGAUCCAACGCCACCACAUCAUAUACAGCCACCGACGCAGCAAGGCAGUCAGUCUGGCUACUCUGUCGUGCAAUUGGCCGAAUACAGCCCGUCAACAAGCAAGGGCCACGAAAUUCUCUCGCAAGUAUAUCAACAAAGCACCAUGCCGCUAAAAUUGGUUCCGGUUAAGCCGCGAAAGUACCCAAAUAGGCCGAGUAAAACGCCUGUGCACGAGCGCCCCUACGCCUGCCCAGUUGAAAACUGUGAUCGACGUUUUUCCCGUUCUGAUGAGCUUACCCGCCACAUUCGAAUUCACACAGGCCAGAAGCCAUUCCAGUGUCGCAUUUGUAUGCGUUCCUUCAGUCGUUCGGACCACCUAACAACGCACAUUCGGACACACACCGGCGAAAAACCCUUUUCUUGUGACAUAUGCGGACGAAAAUUUGCACGCUCCGACGAGAAAAAGCGCCACGCAAAAGUACAUCUCAAGCAACGCAUAAAGAAGGAAUCCAAGCUGAGCCAACAACAGCAGCAACAACAGGCCGUUGCAGCAGCUGCAGCGGCAGCUGCGCAGCAACAACAACAUCAUCACCACCACACAGCCCACCACAUGCUCCAUUCCGGUGACCUACCCAUUGUGACGAGCAGUGCCACUAGCUUGUAGGCCGAAAGUAACUC